GUCGUCGGGUGUUUAUUAGAGAAGGUAAGCGAUAUUUUCACAAUCAAAAUAGGCAACUUCUGACAAUGUAGUCACAAGACCUCUCAGCUGAGGUUGUCUGUCUCCCUGUUUCGAUUUUCUGAAUUUAUUGAGUCUAAAGUUGAUUCCAAGCUUAUAUCCAAACACAAUCUAGCCAAAAUGGCUAAUAUCAACGAUGAAAAUGUUAGCAAACUAAUCCCAACGCUGGGUGACGAGAAAAUUGAUAUGAUUGCCGCCACCAGCGUAUUGCAAAUUCGGGCAAGUGAAAUUCGCCAAUCUCAAAUCAAUUGGCAAUCAUACUUGCAGUCUCAAAUGAUCACGCAGCGUGAUCACGACUUUAUCGUAAACUUGGAUCAACGCGGUCAAAAGGAUCUGCCUGAUAAGAACCCUGAAGUAUGUGCUGAAGUGUUCCUAAACCUGCUCACCCAUAUCAGCAAGGACCAUACCAUUCAAUAUGUGCUCGUGUUAAUUGACGACAUUCUUUCGGAAGAUAAGACUAGAGUGAAGAUAUUUAGAGAAAAUAGGUUGUCUAUGGGGAAUGUAUGGCAACCAUUCCUAAACCUUCUGAACCGUCAGGAUGAGUUUGUGCAGCAUAUGACUGCCCGUAUCAUCGCCAAGCUGGCUUGCUGGCACCCUCAGCUCAUGGACAAGAGUGACCUGCACUUUUAUCUUUCGUGGUUGAAAGACCAGCUCAAGUCUAAUGCGGAGAAAAUGUCUGCCGAGUUAGAACAGGCUGAGCAGGUUAUGUUGGAGCAUGAGAAACAAAAUUUCGCCGAUAAACCUAAUAAACACCAACAUCUACACAAGAAUAAGAACACUGACGAUGCUCAGGAGAAGUACUCGAGCCUUUACAGUUCAUUUGAUGAAUUGAAACCCCAUGAGGAAUUACCACCAAGUCUCCAUAAGAACAAUGACUACAUCCAGUCAGUAGCUCGCUGUCUACAAAUGAUGUUGCGUAUCGACGAGUACCGCUUCGCUUUCCUCUCCGUCGAUGGCAUCUCCACGCUGCUGUCCAUCCUGGCUUCUAGAGUCAACUUCCAGGUGCAAUACCAACUAGUGUUCUGCCUAUGGGUGCUCACGUUCAACCCUCUGUUGGCUGAGAAGAUGAAUAAGUUCAAUGCUAUCCCCAUCCUUGCCGAUAUUCUGAGUGACUCAGUCAAGGAGAAAGUCACGCGUAUUGUACUGGCCGUUUUCCGCAAUCUAAUCGAGAAACCUGAAGACUCCCAGGUGGCAAAAGAACACUGCAUCGCCAUGGUGCAGUGCAAGGUGUUGAAACAGCUGUCCAUCUUGGAACAAAAGCGAUCAGAUGACGAAGAUAUCAUGAAUGACGUGGAAUUUCUAAAUGAACGCCUCCAAGCAUCCGUCCAGGACUUGAGCUCGUUUGACCAAUAUGCUACUGAAGUAAAGAGUGGACGCCUCGAAUGGUCGCCAGUUCACAAAUCGGCCAAGUUCUGGCGUGAAAAUGCGGCGCGCCUGAACGAGCGCGGACAAGAACUCCUGCGGACGCUGGUUCACCUCCUAGAGAAGAGCCGUGACCCCGUAGUAUUGGCUGUAGCAUGCUACGACGUAGGCGAAUACGUGCGCCACUACCCGCGAGGAAAACACAUCAUCGAGCAACUGGGAGGGAAACAACGAGUUAUGUACCUACUCAGUCAUGAAGACCCUAACGUUAGAUACGAAGCCCUAUUAGCCGUACAGAAACUAAUGGUUCAUAACUGGGAAUACCUCGGCAAGCAAUUGGAGAAAGAACAAACUGACAAGCAGGCAGGAACUGUGGUCGGAGCUAAAGCCUAAUUGAUGUUAUAUUGUGAAUUUUAAAUGGAUUAUAUAAUUUGUUGUUGAUAUAGUUGACUAAGAUAUUGCAAUUUGCAAGCGAUAAUUUAUACAUGCCAUAAAGAUUGUUAUUAAAAAAACUUGAAUGCAAUAAAAUAAGUCGCAAUUUAACGUAGCUUUGCCCAAUGUUUGGUUGAAAAUGUAUUUAAUAUAAUAAGUAUUUUAUUUUGAACAUAUAGUGAGUUUAUUGUAAAAAACGUCUUAAAAUUAUAUUUAUCCUACAUUAUAUUCCCAUUGCUAUUAUUAUAAUAAUCUAGGAACCAAAUGAUUGUGUUAAAUAAAUUGAAAUUAAAUUUUAAUUACAAUGUAUAAAUGUUGCUCUGCACAUUCCUUUUAUGUAUAUCUUAAUUAUAUUACAUUCAUAUAUAUAUAUAAUGUAUUAUAAAUACUGUAGGUACAAAACCUUAUAACUUCGUAGAAAUGUAGCAGCGAAAUGGGAAAAUGUUACAACCUACUUCAGUAUUGUGAAUAAAAGGUGAAUAAAGU